AUGGUCUGGAACGAUGGAUGUCCCGGUCGCGGCAAAUAUCCUUGGGGUGACAGGAGCAAUUUGCUGGUCUGUUCAGGUGAGAUGUUUCGUACAGAUCUAAAGCAUCGAGCUCAUGAGAAAACUUUCCUCCUUCAGCUGAUUCCACAAAUCAUCAUCAAUUACCGUCGGCAUGACACAACGGGCUUGCAGCCUACCAUGAUGCUACUAUGGGCCUGCGCCGGUAUCCCAUUAGGGGUAUACAACAUUGUGGAAAAUUUCAACAUUGCGUUACGAAUCCAGCCGCAGAUCUUGACCUGCUUGAGCCUACUCACCUGGAUCCAAUGCAAAUACUACAGCAACAAAUGGCCGCUGACCAAAUCCCUGGCUAUUGUAAUUCCCGUGGCAGCUAUCAUGGGUGGCAUUGAAUGCGGGUUGGUUUUUGCAUUGAGGAGAGCCAGAGAUGAUCAUGUGGAAUGGCCCAUCACCUUUAUGGCGAUUUUGUCCGCAUGUUUUCUUUCCGCCGGAGUGUUGAGGCAUUACUGGGAUAUUUACAAAGAGAGAACCGUCCGGGGCAUCUCGUUCAUAUUCGUGGCCAUUGACGCCAUGGGCGAUCUGACUUCGUUGAUUUCGAUAUUUUUCGAACCCGAGUUGGAUGUCUUGGGGAUGGUCAUCUACGGAUCAGAACUGGCUCUCUGGUUGGGCGUGUUUGCCUGCGGCGGAUACUUCAAUUUCCGGCCAUGGCUUCGGCGACGGAGAGAAAGGCGUCCAGGUUCUAAGCGAGAGCGCGACUCAAGAGAAGGGAGCCGUUACAGCCGUAGUCGUGAAAUCAACCUCAACAAUGCAUCAAGGUCAAGGCGAUCUUCAUCGUCGAGUUCUCGUACAGUGUUCCGGACUGCGUCAGCCAUCACAGGUGAGGGUAUAAGGGCAGGUCCUCAUGAAGCCGUGAGGCUGCGGCCAGUGACGGUGGAUGCCAUAUCCUGA